CGGGCUUCUACUCUCUUAGGAGACGUGGGGGCCCCUUACUCGAGUUCCGUUAGGAUUACCAUCCUAGCCACGGGAGACCCAGAGCGAACGGAACAAUACCUUCCAUGGGGGGGCUAAGGGGAGAUGCCGAAUUUUACCUUCCAUUUUAAUUCCCUCCCCCGGGAGACUUUGCACACCACUAACAUCUUCGUACACCCUUGAGUUGCGAGGCUCCUGGCGCAUGCGCUCAAGAACGUAGGCGAAAGAGACAAAGGUGAUCAAUUUCCAUGUUUGUUUUUUGUUUUUUUCCUUAAGGUAUGUUGGAGACUUUUUUCAUCCUAAGUUUAAAUGAAAGGGGGAGAAAAUUUUGGCUUGUCAUUGAAGGUAUUGUUCCCUAGCUGAAAUAAAAAAAAAAAAAAGCCAGAAGGUAAUCAUCUGUUGACCUUAAGCUAUUACUUCCGUACUGAGUCGCCUUCCGGCUGCCGCCAUUCAGUGUAGAGGCGUCAGGAACAGCUGCUGAUUGGCCAAUAGGGAAAGGGGUUCGGUGGUUGUGGUUGGUUGACAAGAAAGGGCCUUUGCUCAGUGAGUGGUUAAUGUGGAAGGGACGGAGCGCGCGCUGAGCAAGUUUUGAAAGAGGACCAGAAGACUGCUCAUCCUUUGGGGAUGUCGCUGCAACCAAACCUCGGGAACUGCUUCGGGCGCUGGUGCCCCUCCAACCUCAGCCUAGCAUGGGUGGACACAGUCUGGGAAUUGGAUUUCAUGGAGACCGAUCCUUUGGAUCCCAUCAUAGAAGCACAGAUCAUAGAGGAUGGACUAUAUGCAUUUACUGAACUCUAUGAGAGCCUUUUUCCUUUUGCUACUCUAGAACAUGGAACCACAGAGAGUAUUUGGACCAUCUUUAAAGAGAACAAUAUUUCUCACAAUGCACUUGUGGCCCUUUUCUAUCACUUUGUUGAAAUUGUCCAUAAGAAAAAUGCUACCAUGCAAAAUCGAGAAUAUGGUCUGCAUGCUGCUGGGCUUUACUUUUUGUUGCUUGAAAUCCCAGGUAGUAUAGCUAAUCAAGUGUUCCAUCCAGUGAUGUUUGACAAAUGUCUUCAGAUUCUGAAAAAGAGCUGGCCUCGAGAAUCUAACUUGAGUAGGAAAAGAAAAAAAGAAUAUCCCAAGAGUUCUCAUGGUGAUUCCAGAGGAAAUAGAAAGAGAGGUAAACCACCUAGAAAAGAAGAUUUUGAGAUGGAUGAAAUCUUAGAAGAAGAGGAUGAUGAAGAUGAUAUUUGUUUUUCUGCACAUGACCUUUCUCAAAUUCGGGCUGCCAUCUUUUUUCUUCUGAAGAAUCUGUUAAGAUUUUUCCCAAAGUUCCCCCUUAAAGAAAAGCCACAGUGUGUGCAGAAUUGUAUACAGGUCUUAGUUGGAUUAACCAGUUUUGAACCAGUUCUUCAUGGAUUUCGGACUUUAGAAGCCAGAAACAUUAACCAAGCAAAAUACAUACCAGAAUUGGCCUAUCAUGGAUUGCGUUUGCUGUGUUCCUCAAUUCAUGGGGAAGGGGAUAAGGUCAUUGCUUGCCUCUUUCAUCAAUUGCUAAAUGUGAUACUCAUGUAUGAAGCAGGAGAGGGGUCCCACCGUGCACCCCUUAGUAUCACUACACAAGUUAUCAAUGCCAGAAAUUAUGCAAUCCAGUUUAUCAGUUCGCUAGUGGAUGAACUGAAGGAAGCUAUAUUUCCAGUUCUUCGUAUCUUACUACAACAUAUCUGUGCCAAGGUUCUAGAUAAAUCAGACUAUCGGACCUAUGCAGCGCAGGCCCUGGCACAGUUGCUCAGUAAAUUAUCUGCUGAAGAGUAUGCUGCAUUCAUUGACUGGCUUUACAAAUAUUCUCGAAGUUCAAAGAUCUCACACAGAGUAUUUACUCUUGAUGUAGUCCUGGCUCUCUUGGAAUAUCCUGAAAGAGAGGUGGAUAGUUCCCUCUCCCUUGAUCAGCAGAAGUUUUUAAAGCACAAAUUUUUAUUGCAAGAACUAAUGUUUGGACGUUGCUCAGACAAGGCAUCUACUGUCCGUAGCAAGGCACUUUCAAGUUUUGUUCACUAUCUGGAGAUGUCAAGUACUGUUAUCCCAGAUAACAUACUGGACCUUUUUCAAGCCUCAAGUCAUGCUGCCUCAGAGGUGAAUAGUUGUCCAACUACUUUACUGGGAAGCACAGAAGUUCCUUCUAACUGUCCAAGAAAAACUUCUAGUACUUUUAAAACCAUAGAUGUAACAGAUACUGUCAGUAGUGGCGAAAAAAUUGGAUUUGAUGGAAAUGAUAUUCUGACCAUGCUGAGACAGAGAAUUGAUGAUGAGAAGACCAAUGUCAGAAAAUCUGCCCUCCAGGUGUUGGUUAGUAUUAUGAAACACAGUCAGAUCCCAUGCACCAAAGAAGACCUCUCAAUUCUGCAGGACCGGUGCCGGGAUCCUGCGGUUUCUGUUAGGAAGCAGGCACUACAAUCUAUUACUGACCUUCUUACGGCUCAACAUGGAAAUGUCUUGAUACAGAAAGCCUGGCUGACUGGAAUCAUCCCAGUUGUGAUGGACACUGAGAGCUCUGUGCAAGAGAAGGCUCUGGAGUGUUUUGACCAACUCGUGUUGCAACACAUUAAGCACUACAGUAAAUUCCACUACGAAGACAGCAACCAGGUGUUAGCAUGGGAUCUCCUUACUCUUCUCACUUCAGACAGCCAGGAACUAAGCCGUUAUUUAAAUAAGGCUUUUCACAUGUUGUCUAAGAAAGAUAAAUUCUCAUCUACUUUUAUAAAUAAUGUGAUAUCCCAUACCGAAACUGAACACUCAGCCCCAGCCUGGAUGUUGCUCUCAAAGGUUGCCUGCUCAUCACCUAAACUGGAUUACACCAAAAUAAUUGAAUCCUGGGAGAGAAUCAGUGGGCAACAGAAUACCAGUCCUGAUACUCUAGGACAUAUUCUGUGUGUGAUUGGUUAUAUUGCAAAGCACCUCCCUAGGAGAAGUCAGAAAGAGCUGACUGAUAUUGUCAAAUGUAAACUGAAAGAGUUUCAGUGGGCUCCAGAGGUGAUUAGUUCAGCUGUUGAUGUUCUGCAAAAACUCUGUCAUGCAUUUGUAGAGACAGCUGAGGAGCAGCAGGAAUUACUGAACGAAGUGGGUGUUGAUAUCCUCUCCACAUGUGAGAACUACAUUUCUAAAGUUGUUUUUAAAGAAGGUGGAACAGUAAACAUGGAAGAAGACUUGUUGGUGAAACAUAUCUUUACCUUAGGAGAGGUGGCCCAGUUGUGUCCAGCCAAAGUGGGGAAACGGAUCUUCCUUCUAAUUCAGUCUAUCCUGGCUUCUGUUGAUGAAGACCAACAGCCUUCAACUCAAGAUCAUUGUAAUCAUCCAGCUUCUCAACUACUGGCUCAGUUCAGAAGUUCUGUCAUGCCUCCACUGAUAAGAGCCCACACGGUCAUUACCCUAGGCAAAUUAUGUUUACAGCAUGAAGAUCUUGCAAAGAAGUGCAUUGCAGCCCUGGUGCGUGAGCUGGAGGUGUGUGAGGAAGUAGCUGUCCGUAACAAUGUGAUUAUUGUUCUGUGUGAUCUGUGUAUUCGCUACACAGUUAUGGUGGACAGAUACAUUCCCAAUAUCUCUGUGUGUCUGAAGGAUUCAGAUCCUUUUAUCAGAAAGCAGACUCUUAUUUUGCUGACCAACCUCUUACAGGAAGAAUUUGUGAAAUGGAAGGGAUCACUGUUUUUUCGAUUUGUAAGUUCUCUAGUGGAUCAACAUCCAGAAAUUUCCAGUUUUGGAGAAUUCUGUCUGGUUCACCUUUUACUGAAGAGGAACCCUGCCAUGUUUUUCCAGCAUUUCAUUGAGUGCAUUUUCCACUUCAAUAGCUAUGAGAAGCAUGAGAAGUACAACAAAUUUCCCCAGUCAGAGAGAGAAAAACAGCUCUUUUCAUUGAAGGGAAAGCCUAACAAAGAGAAACGCAUGCGGAUAUACAAGUUUCUACUAGAGCACUUCACAGAUGAGCAGAGAUUCAACAUCACUUCAAAAAUCAGCCUGAAUAUUUUGGCUUGCUUCGUGGAUGGCCUCCUACCCUUGGAUAUGGAAGCCAAUGAACUGCUUUCAGAUACAUUUGAAGUUCUGAGUUCAAAGGAGAUCAAACUGUUGGCAAUGAGAUCCAGACCAGAUAAAGACUUACAGAUAGAAGAUGAUGAACUGGCCAUGGCUAAUGUAGUCAUGCAGGAAGCACAGAAAAAACUAAUUUCCCAAGUUCAGAAGAGGAAUUUCAUAGAAAAUGUUAUUCCAAUUAUCACUUCCCUGAAGUCAAUGCUGGAACAGAAUAAGAUUCCAGCUUUGAGGGACCUCAUGAACUAUCUCAGGGAAGUGAUGCAAGAUUAUCGAGAUGAAAUCAAGGAUUUUUUUGCAGUGGAUAAACAACUGGCUUCAGAACUUGAGUAUGACAUGAAGAAAUAUGAAGAGCAACUGGCAAAGGAGCAAGAGCUGGCAGAACAAAGAAAUACAGAAAGAAUAACCGAGAUCUCAGGAACCCUAGCAAUAGCACAGCAGUCCCCUCUGAGUGUAGGGGCAGCCACACCUCGUAGUGUUCAUGAUAGUCCUGGUACAAGUCAUACUACGCCUUCUGGAUUACCAAAUGCCCCUGUACCUACCUCAUCUCCUACAUCUGAAACUGUGUCUCUGAAGUUGUUGGCAUUCAAAACCAGGCGUAUGUCUCUGAGUACCAUUGCAAUUCUAAAUUCUGUCCAAAAAGCGGCAGAGUUCAAGAAAAGUCAAAGGAGUCGGAGCUUAGGAGGACCUUCUAUCCCUUCAGGAAGUACAGGCAACAACAAGCAAGGCACACCAUCCUGGGACAAAAUGUCUUUUUGUAGCCUGGGUCAGCACUCUGCCAAAGCCACUGUCUGUGCAACUGACCGCGCCAUCAGUACUCCUGAUAAGACUAUUAAUGAUGUUACCUUUGGAGCAGGAGUUAGUUACAUAGAACAAUCUUCAGCCAAAGAGAAAUCUGGAUUCCAGGGUGAAAGAAGUGAUAUUUUGUGUUUGUCAUUGCCUGAUAAAGCUCCACAACCUCGACAGUGGAAUGUCAAGUCUCCAGCCAGGAGUAAAGAUACUUUGGAUACCAGCAGGAAGCGGUCUCUUCGAAAGACCCCUUUGAAAAUGGCCAACUGAAAGAGCCUAACCCAGGAUGUAAACCUGGAAGGCAAGAACAUUUAAUCUUUUUUUUUAAUGAUGUGCAGAAGCAAAUCAUGUGGAAAACAAAAUGUCUUCCCUCCCAUACAGAGGGCAUCUGAUUAUGGACAAGUAUAAAUUUAGCAGAUCUUCCUCUAGAUCCCCUUCUAGUCCUCCACAUUUAAAGUCUGGUUUACCAUAUUUAGGUCUGUUCACUCAGAUUUUCAGCAGGGAUGUCAUCAGAUAUACAAUAUGUUAAAAGCUGUAGAAUGGGAAAAGAUGGCAGAUGUAUUGCUUUUACUAGGAUUGAAGUUUAAUAUUAUGCCUUUAUUCCAUUUGAAUGUGUUAAAGACACCUUGGUAAAUUGUAUGCCAGUUGGGGAAAAUCACAACUGACCAUAAUUCAUAAUUUCUCCAAGUGUAAAUCAAGCCUUUAUUAGCGGAUGCUGCUUUCCCUGGUAGUAUGCUCUCCUCCAGUAUUUAUAUGGAAUUAAGUGUAUUUUUUCUAUCAUAACUACAUCUUUAAAGAAGUGUACGAUUUUUAAAAAUAUAAAAUAAAGUGUAAAUACAGCC